AUUGGUCUCUUUCCUUCUUGCGUUUGGUCUCCUUCCUGCAGCGAAAUCAUGUUGUGUAAAACAUGGGGAAUGUGAAUCAAUUGGUGACCUCUGACUUCAUUCUGGUGGGCCUUUUCAGUCACUCAGGGUCACAUCAGCUGCUCUCCUCUUUGAUGGCUGCCACGUUUACCUUGGGCCUCCUGGGCAACACCAUUCUGCUCUUCCUGACCCACCUGGACUCCAGGCUCCACACACCCAUGUACUUUCUGCUCAGCCAGCUCUCUCUGUUUGAUAUUGUCUUCCCCCUGGUCAUCAUCCCCAAGAUGGCAUCCCACUUCCUGCAGGGAGAAGGUUCCAUCUCCUUUGGGGGUUGCGCAGCUCAAAUAUUCUUCCUGACCCUGAUGGGCGUGGCUGAGAGCAUCUUGUUGGCCUUCACAUCCUACGACCGCUAUGUUGCUAUGUGUCACCCUCUGCAGUAUCCUGUGCUCAUGAGGCGCCAGGUGUGUCUGCUCAUGGUGGGCUCCUCCUGGCUGGCAGGGGUGCUCAACGCCUCCAUCCAGACCUCCGUCACUCUGCACUUCCCCUACUGUGCCUACUGCAUCGUGGAUCACUUCUUCUGCGAGGUGCCAGCCCUGUUGAACCUUUCCUGUGAAGACACUUCUGCCUACGAGUUGGCGCUGUCCACCUCGGGGGUGCUGAUCCUUGUGCUUACCCUUUCCCUCAUAGCCAUCUCCUACGGCCACGUGUUGGGGGCCGUUAUGCGCAUGCGCUCAGAGGAGGCCUGGAACAAGGCCUUCACCACCUGCUCCUCGCACAUCACAGUAGUGGGACUCGUCUAUGGCGCAGCUGUGUUCAUGUACAUGGUGCCAGUUGCGUACCACAGCCCACACCAGGACAACGUGGUGUCCCUAUUCUACAGUCUGGUCACCCCCACGCUCAACCCUCUUAUCUACAAUCUGAGGAACUGGGAGGUGCAAAUGGCUUUGGCCAAAGUGCUCAGCAGAGCUGGGCUCAGGCCAAAGUGAUGACCACACAGGGGGUUUCUGGAGUGAUCCUAGUGG